GCGUUGAUGCUGAGAGCUGCAAGUGACGGACAUUUACAAUUUAUUCAAACUUGAAAACGCUCUCAGCACUGUGGAUAUUGUGUGCACCUUACUGUCUGAUAUGGAGGCCAACAGAAGAUAAAGCUGGAAGAACAAAAUUACAACUUUGUUGUCUUGCUUUAUCUCUGACAAGGGAACACCCCGCGAUGGCAUCAGAGGAAGAAAUCAGUCUGCUGGUCAUCGUCGUGGACGUGAAUCAGAUCUGGUGGGGUCAGCAAGCCCAGCGAGAACCAGAGUUGACCCUGUCCAAGUGUCUGGAUGCAGUGAUGGUGAUGGGGAACACCCACAUGGCUAUGACCAGGACAAACAAGCUGGCCGUCAUCGCCAGCCACUGUCAAGACAGUGACUUCCUGUAUCCCAGCAAGAGUGGGAGAGGUGGGGACAAUGAUGUGGAUGACGCAUCGUUCAUCAGGGAUGGAAAAUACGAGCUCCUGUCUGUGGCCAACAACAUUAUUGCAGAAGAGAUCAAGAAUGUUAUGACAAAAACCGAAGUGACGGGGAAUUCCACCGAUACUCUGUUGGCCGGAUCCCUCGCCAAAGCUCUCUGCUAUAUUAACAAGGUCACGAAAGAGUUGGAAGCUGGGCAGGAGAUCAAAUCAAGAAUACUGGUGAUAAAAGCAGCAGAGGACUGUGCACAUCAAUAUAUGAACUUCAUGAAUGUGAUUUUUGCUGCCCAAAAACAGAACAUCCUUAUAGAUGCCUGCGUAUUGGACUCAGACUCGGGGCUUCUUCAGCAGGCUUGUGAUAUAACUGGAGGCUUGUACCUGAAGAUCCCACAGAAAGUAGCCUUGGCACAAUAUCUUUUGUGGGUGUUCCUUCCUGACUCAGAGCAGCGUUCACAGCUGGUGCUGCCACCGCCCGCACAUGUGGACUACAGGGCUGCGUGUUUCUGCCACCGUAAUCUCAUUGAAAUCGGUUAUGUCUGCUCAGUUUGCCUAUCAAUUUUCUGCAACUUCAGCCCCAUUUGCACAACAUGCGAGACCGCCUUUAAAAUCCAACUUCCACAGAUGGUCAAGCCCAAAAAGAAGAAACUCAAGCUGUCUGCAUGAUAUUUUUUUUUCUCUCCUGCACAAAUGUUGAAAACCUUUUUUUUUCAAUUUUUUUUUGUGCUAAUCUGCUAAAACAGGGACAUGUUUGGUUACCUGUGACUUCCUUUCCAUGUA